AUGUCCUCUAGCGAAGUGAUAGAACGCGCAUUCGCCGCUAAUACUAACCUCAAGAAACGCAUCUUUGAUGCCAUUGACAUAGCUCAGUACCAUCUCUCCUCGGAUGCGUCGAAUGGGACGUCGACACCGAGCCACGAGGAACCUGCAUCCAAAAAGCGCAAACUGAACGGCUCAUUUCCCCCAACCACGAACGUUGGUGGACAGCACAAUAAUCAGCCACGUGAGGUGGUGCUUGAGGCCCGCGAUGUUUCUUUCUCACUACCCCAGCGCAAGAAAUACCAUCUUGGAGUGGCACAAUACGGCUCGGAUAUAGACGCCCCUACAACCACCUUCUCAAUCUUCAUACGUAGCCCCGCGACGAAUGAGGUCGAGCUGGAAAUCCCGUUGUCACAUUUCGCCUAUGCUUUAAGGUUGCCCGUCCCGGAAAAGACGACCAAACAAUAUAAUUUCUGUCUGCUCCCAACUACAGCCCCUGUCUCCUCAGCUCAACCAUCUGCGGAGCCAAUGAUCUGGACGGUCUUGCAUGGGCCGGUGAAGACUCUCACCAUACACUCCACCGCGCUUUCUGCCAUUGCUUCACAACGGGCUGGCUCUGACGACCAAAUCUUUGAGGAAGCCUUGUCCUUCGUCUUAUCGCGACACAGUGUGGAACUCACACAGCCUUCAACUGAUGAGUUCGCGUCCGCCACACCGGAGUCGCACCGCAAAAAAGAGACAGCAUACCACGUGCGCGCCUUCCGCGGCAGCAAAGAUGGCUUCCUGUUCUUCCUUCAUAACGGCAUAUUCUUUGGCUUCAAGAAGCCUCUCAGUUUCUUUGCGUUCGAAAAUAUUGAAAGUGUAAGCUACACGAGUGUUCUCCAGAGGACAUUUAAUCUCAACAUUGCCUAUCGGGAGGGUGGUUCCGCGGCCGAGGAACUGCCUGACAUCCAGGAAAUCGAAUUUUCCAUGCUUGACCAGGCGGAUUUCCCGGGCAUCGAUGCUUAUAUAAAGAAGCACGGCCUGCAGGAUGCAAGCCUGGCGGAAUCUCGGCGAGCCACGAAGGUGAACACAGCCUCGAACGGGAAAGCUGCAGUGGCACAGGCAGAGAAUGGGGACGGUGAUGAUGAGGACGGAAGAACGGAGCUUGAGAAGGCUCAGCAGCUACUCGAUGAUGAGGAAGACGAGGAAGAGGAAGACUAUGACCCCAGUAGCGAUGAGGAUAGUGGGGGGAGCGGCGACGACAGUAGUGAUCAAGACGAAAAUGAUGAACAAUACGAGAAAGAGCGGAAACGCGCCACUAAAGGUAGAGAUCUUAUCGCUGAGGAGCUGGGCUCCGAAGCCGAGGAUGUUAGUGUCACUGAAGACGAGGAGGACGAAGGUGAAGGGGAAGGGGAAGGGCGGGAGCAGGAGCAGCAGCAGCAGCAGCAGGAGGAGGAGGAGGAGGAGGAGGAGGAGGAGGACGAGGAGGAAUAUUGGGAAGAAGAACCUGAGCAAGAGGAUGUUAAACCUGUCGUCACGUCAGGCUUCGCCUCGGUUGCAAUGACAAGUCCGCCGCCACAGCAACGACAGGGAAGAUGGGCCCAUCAAGAACGGUUUGUACAGCCUGACCCUGACGACGAAGACCAACUGUAA